AUGCCAUCACUCUAUAGCUUCGUCGAAUGGGCGGCUGACAGAAUUAUCUCCGCCGUCAGCACCACCAAACGCCCCUCGAGUCCUCCACCACCAUAUACUGAUCAGUCACCAAACACUUACAGUCCAAACCAUCGCCCGUUUGGCGGCAAGGAUGAACCAUUCUCGUCCAACGGGCGUCGAUCAAACCGAAAGCCCAAUUCUAUUGCCCUUGCGGCGGCUCACACCCGAGGUGAAAAACCCAGCCCCAAUCCCGGUUAUCUCGAUAACAAGGAUAAUAAAUCUGCCGACAGUGACAGGUUCGUCCGCAGCGCGUAUCGCGCGAGAACCGUUCACUGGGGUAAUGUCAGCGAAAUUCCAAAGAGCCCAACCCAUCCUACCACACCGGGUCUAAACGAGUAUCACCAGAGAAGAAGCAAGGGAAACAACGGCGCUAUUCCCAAUCUCAGUCCUACGAGCCCUCGUAGCGGUAGCCCUGAGCACGACGGCAGUACUAUCCGGGCCGACUUGGGCGACUCUUACGAGGAAAAGCGCUAUCCAACCUCUUGGUAUUCGCGUUCUUCAUCGCCAUCGGGCCAAACGCCGCCUGAUAUUGGCACAGAACACCAGUUUCAUGGCAACAAUGGUCUACAGCCGAGACAUCGUACACACGUUCCGCGCAAAACCAUCCUGAAACCACCAACGCCAACGGACGAUGAGAUGCUCGUUCGAAACCUGUGGGGAUUGGCUGUGUCAGCUGACGAGCGGCUAGCCUACAUGUAUGAGUUCCUAUCCCAGGUGUUGCUGGUUGGCGACGACAUUCUCGACUCGAUGCUGAGGGUGGGAGAACUUUCGAUGUUCGAGGAGGCCACGAGACAUGCGAAUAGGAUGGGAGAGAAGCAAAGGGCAAGUAGGUUCCGACCAAAGAAGGCACCAGUACCACGUCAACAAACUGCUCGUGGGCGAGAACUCCCGGUGCAUGCGAAGAGCGAGGGGAGGAUAAGGAGGGGACCCCCUGGGCCGGUGUUUACAGCGCCAAGGGAGAUGAAUAUUGCGGAAGAGGAAGGAGAGGGAUAA